UGUCCAAUCCGCCACAAGUGCGUUGUCGAUCUUGACACUGCUCGAUAGCGUUGUGCGAUAUUGCACAAGUCUGAAGCUAAAUAUUGAAGAAGGCAAUCAUGAAAAACGAAGAUCACGAACAUUGGGCCGACGACUCUCCGAUGUGGCAAGCAUACGGGUCUGCUGCACCAGGUUAUGAUGCCAACAAUGGCCUUCACUCUCACACAUACCAUCCUCCACACAAUGUGCUACAACAGGGCUCCCACCCUCAACCUCCCGUCUAUCAGGCCUAUCCUGCAGCUGGAAGUCUCGAGCCUCAAUAUUACGCGCAAGGCUCCCAUUACAUGACAUACCCGACUGGCCACUACCUUCCUGUUGCCCCUGCCUGGCCACAGCAAUCAGCAGUUUAUGUGACUGGCUAUCACGCGGUAUCGACGCCUCAAUCGAACGUCUACUACGGUCGUACAAAAGCCCAAGUCGAUGAAGACAACAUGAAACUAGCGGCACGUGAGGGCGCCAAUGAUCCGCGUAAGAUCCAACCGGUGGGUGUGAAAGACUCCCAAUACUUCUGGGUCAGACAGGCCGGUCACGACGACGACUUGUGCACGUUCAUGGCCAUCAAAGAGAUGGAAGGGGAAUGGAAGCGGAAUGCCCAGUACGAGGGCGGCUUAUAUUUCGAGCGGGCUCCCAAAGUCAAAAAGAGCAGCAAGUCGAAGAAGGCUUGAAUGGGAACGGAAGAUAUUGGGCUUCUGAACAACGAAAUCGCUUGUUUUGAUGAGCACAGUAGGUUCGAGACGGAGAGUCAGGUAGCUUGUGAGGUAUCCAGUAUGUGUUGCCCACAGACAGAUGGUC